CCGAGGGGUGGGGAGAAGGGGAGGAGGCCUUAGCAGCCAGCAGAGAGAAGUGGCCAGAGAGGCCCAGGGGACAGCCAGGGACAGGCAGACAUGCAGCCAGGGCCCCAGGGCCUGGACAGGGCCCUCCAGGCCCCGUGACGGGAGGACCCCGAGCCCCUGGCCCGGGGAGGGGGCCAUGGUGCUGCCUGCCCGACAUGUCAGCCGAAGUGCGGCUGAGGCGGCUUCAGCAGCUGGUGCUGGACCCCAGCUUCCUGGGGCUGGAGCCCCUGCUCGACCUUCUCCUGGGCGUCCACCAGGAGCUGGGCGCGUCCGACCUGGCCCAGGACAAGUAUGUGGCCGACUUCCUGGAGUGGGUGGAGCCCAUCGCGGAGAGGCUUAAGGAGGCCCGACUGCAGAGGGAUGACUUCGAGAUUCUGAAGGUGAUCGGACGCGGGGCGUUCAGCGAGGUGGCGGUGGUGAAGAUGAAGCAGACGGGCCAGGUGUACGCCAUGAAGAUCAUGAAUAAGUGGGACAUGCUGAAGAGAGGCGAGGUGUCGUGCUUCCGCGAAGAGAGGGAUGUGUUGGUGAACGGGGACCAGCGAUGGAUCACGCAGCUGCACUUCGCCUUCCAGGACGAGAACUACCUGUACCUGGUCAUGGAGUACUACGUGGGCGGGGACCUGCUAACGCUGCUGAGCAAGUUUGGGGAGCGGAUCCCGGCCGAGAUGGCGCGCUUCUACCUGGCCGAGAUUGUCAUGGCCAUAGACUCGGUGCACCGGCUGGGCUACGUGCACAGGGACAUCAAACCGGACAACAUCCUGCUGGACCGGUGCGGCCACAUCCGCUUGGCUGACUUCGGCUCCUGCCUCAAGUUGCGGGCGGAUGGAACGGUGCGGUCACUGGUGGCUGUGGGCACCCCGGACUACUUGUCUCCCGAGAUCCUGCAGGCCGUGGGCGGUGGGCCCGGGACUGGCAGCUACGGGCCCGAGUGUGACUGGUGGGCGCUGGGCGUGCUCGCCUAUGAAAUGUUCUAUGGGCAGACGCCCUUCUACGCCGACUCCACGGCUGAGACCUACGGCAAGAUCGUGCACUACAAGGAGCACCUGUCGCUACCGCUGGCAGAUGCAGGGGUCCCCGACGAGGUUCGUGAUCUCAUCCAGCAGCUGCUGUGUCCCCCCGAGACGCGCCUGGGCAGGAAUGGAGCAGGCGAUUUCCGGAAGCAUCCUUUCUUCCUCGGCCUUGACUGGGACAGCCUCCGAGACAGCGCGCCCCCCUUUACGCCGGAUUUCGAGGGUGCCACGGACACAUGCAACUUCGAUGUGGUGGAAGAGGGGCUCACUGCCAUGGUGAGCGGGGGCGGGGAGACGCUGUCGGAUAUGCAGGAAGGCACGCCACUGGGGGUCCACCUGCCUUUCGUGGGCUACUCCUCCUAUUCCUGCAUGGCCCUUGGGGAUGAUGAGAUCCCGGGCUCCACGCCCAUGGAACUGGAGGCCGAGGCGUUGCCUGAGCCAUUGCAAGAGCCCAGCCUGGAACCCACGGUGCCCCCACCAGAGGAAACGGCUGAAGCGGCAGUUCCAGAGGCAGUUCCGGAGGCCAUUCCGGAGGCGGUGGCAGAGGCCCAGGUGACGCUGCGGGAACUCCAGGAGGCCCUGGAGGAGGAGGUGCUCACCCGACAGAGCCUGAGCCAGGAGCUGGAGGCCAUCCGAACGGCCAACCAGAACUUCGCCAGCCAACUCCGCGAGGCCCAGGCCCGUAACCGAGACCUGGAGGCGCACGUCCGGCAGCUGCAGGAGCGGAUGGAGUUGCUUCAGGCCGGGGGAGCCGCAGCUGUCACGGGGGUCCCCAGUCCCCGGGCCACGGAUCCACCUUCCCAUGUAAGACCCCUCUUUUUCCCCUGCGUCAAGCCUGCUGCCCCCUUUGCAGACUCUGUCCCCAUCUCCCCGUACCCCUGUCCAGACUUAGAGGCUCACCCCUACCUCUUUGAGGUUCCAGUCAGCAGACACCCUCCAUUCAUGCCCAAAUCUACCAGAUCUCCCUCGGUUCAGGCCUCUCCCGAAAUCCCAUCCAGGAUCUCCCUAGAUGACCUCCCCGACCUCGACUCCCCUCUCUGUCUCUUGCACCCCGCCGAGGGCGGCCGUGCCGAGCUGGGCUCGGAUCGGGUCACCUGUCCCUUCUCUCUCCAGCUAGAUGGCCCCCCGGCCGUGGCUCUGGGCCAGUGCCCGCUGGUGGGGCCAGGCCCCAUGCACCGCCGCCACCUGCUGCUCCCUGCCAGGGUCCCUAGGCCUGGCCUAUCGGAGGCGCGUUCCUUGCUCCUGUUCGCCUCUGCUCUGGCUGGUGCCGCCGCCCUGGGCUGCAUUGGGUUGGUGGCCUGCGCCGGCUAUCUUGCCACAGUCUGACCCCGCCCGGGAGCCGCCUUCGCCGCCUGAACCCU